GUACUUCGUAGGCUCGGCAGCGGAGGAGAAUGGACUAUUCUUUCUUGCAUGAGUUAUUACAGCAGAGCACCUUACCGUUUUCCAGAAUUAAAAGCAGAUAGAAGUCAUGGCUGAAAAACCAUCUCAAGGUCAAGGAUCACCUGGUAGUAUCCCUCGUGGGCUUAUCAAUAGACGAGGGAGUGUUAUUAAACCCAGUGAAAGAUUGCCUUCGCUACGCACUCGUGACCUAACUCUAGGAGGCAUACCAAAGAAAUCUUUUAAGCCCAAUAUACCAGUAAGAAGAGAAAAAAACAAAGAUGAAAGCAGAGAAGCAGCAGCAUCAUCACCAUCUACAUCUAGAAGAUCAGGAGACGGGGAUAGGAGUGGAAGAGGCAGAGGAAGAGGGAGGGGUAGGGGAAGAGGCAAACCUGAGUUAAUCCAGUCACAUUCAUCCAUCUUUGAGGGGGGUCCAACUGAAAGACUUAAUGCAAGACCUUCUUCCAGCGUGUUUGAACAGCCAAGUUUUCGUGGAGGAGGGGGUGGAGGUGAUGGAAAGUUCUCUUCUCGAGGUGGCAAGGCUGGAAACAAGAAGUCUGGUGCUGGAGAUUUCAUUGGGGAUAGUGACCGUCUUAGAGAACUUGUCAGAGAUGAUUUUAUCAGUGACCUUGGAGAUUCUACCAUAGAUGAUAGGUAUCAACCAGUUUCAUUACCGAUGGCAAAACCAGUCAAACCACUCAAAACCCAAUCUGUUAAAGAUGAAAAGAAACCCAUUAUUAAGGAAGAAGACAUGGAUGUAAAGAUGGAAACUGAUGAUGUCCAAGAUACAGAUGUUAAAGUCAAAAAGGAAUCCAUGGAUGAUGAGAAGAUGGAUAUCUCUGAGGAGAAUAAACCAAUCUUAGCAUCCUCCAGCCUACCACCACCAUCCUCCAUCUCGGAUACCUUCCGAAAUGACCUGGCUUCUGGAAGAGUCACGUGUGCAACCGUCUUCAGUAGGAGGGGUCAGUCCAGUGGAGAUCCAUUGUUCUUCCAGUUACCAGAUACUCUUCCUGGUUUACCUAUAGUAGAGGAUGAAGAGGAAGACAAGAAGCCAACUGUAUCAACAAGUGGAGCUGUUGAGAAGCCAGGCAGUAGCUCAAAAAAGAGACCAUGCACACUGAAAGAUCUGCCUGAAGGAUUUUUGGGUAAACUUCAAAUCUUAAAGUCUGGAAAGACAAGACUUGUCCUCACAAAUGGGGUCACUCUUGAUGUUUCAUUAGGAACACCUUCUGGUUUCCUUCAGGACUUGGUUUCCAUUCAUGUUCGAGAAGGAGGAGAAGAGAUGAGUGAAAUGCUGACUCUAGGGCAUAUUAAACAUCGUGUUAUAUGUACUCCAGACUUUGAGAGUUUACUAUCUAUGCCUUCCUGAUGGAAGAGACUUGAUUUUUUUUAUGAUGGACUGAAAAAAAUUUGGACUUUAUAUUCUGAGGUCAAGCUAUGGAGAAUGACAUACUGAAGGAAACCAGGAAAGCACUGAUUAUCAACAUUGUAAUGUUUCAAUGCUGUGGAUGAGUUGUGGGCAGUCUCCUUUAACAAAGUUUUGAACAUGUUCAAAUUUUUUUUGCGCUUAAAUCUGACUUGCAUGUACUCCUGAGUGCAACAUACACCUGCAAGUCACACGCAAGGCUAGCACAAAACAAUAAGACAGGCCUUAAUACAAAUAAUAAAUAUAAUAUAUAAUAUAAAUAAUGAUGAUAUCCUAUAAAUGUCAACAUUAGUAUAUGGAAAAGCUUUUGUGAAGGCUCUUUAAAAAAACAAACAUGAAAAUGGAAUACCAGUACCCAACAUGGCACUAUUCAAAAUUGAAUAGGGCCAACAAAUCAGUUUGAAUAUUUAGAUUGCAUUAUAAUUACAAUUUGGUCAAAGAUAUAUUAUAUUUUGUUCAAAAAGUGCCUUCUGUUUGAGCUGCUUAAGGACGUUCCACAGUUUAAAGAAUGAAGUCCAUAUCAUUUCCAUCCAAUUUUGCCGAGAGUUAUUUUGGUAUCUAUGCAUUAUGAAAAUGCAAAAAAUAAUAUAGGUUUAUGUGCUUAUUUUUUUCUACAGGACUUCAAACUCGCCGUAUUUGAAUGAUAUUGCAAUCUUGCGCAAUCAAGAGAAUUAUGCCUCUAUUAGGCCUCACGAAUUCAACAAAUGAGUUUAAAUCAUCUUUACUCAGUGGAUACCGCAUCAUACUUUCAGGAUAUGUAACUAAGUUGAUACCAAAGUAGGAGAAAGUCUUUUAAUUAGUCAGCAGUGUCCUCAUUUGAAAAGAAUGGUGCAUAAACUUCCAAAAAACAAGUCUUCAAAAGACAUAAAUCUAUUUGAAAAUUAAGAAAGUAUAGUUUAAGCUGCACUGUAUACAAAAUCCAUGUCAUUUUCAUCAAAUUCGGCACAAUUGUAGCGGAAUGCAUUGUAAAGGUGUAGGCGAGUUAAAAAUAUGGGGUCCAUUUGCUCGUUUUUAAACUAUCAGUGUCCAAACUGUUGCGAGUUGGCUUAAAAAUUGCCUAAAAUGCGCUGAAAACGUGCAAAAGUCUGAUAAUGCCAUGUAAAAUGCUAAUGGUUCCAUAGUUCUGCUCCCAAACACUCAAAAUCUAUGUAAUUUUCAUCUUAAUCUCUAGAUUUGUAGAGGAACUUAAAAUAUUGGAAAUAUGGGGUCCAUGUGCUCGUUUUUAAACUAUCAAAGUCUAAAUUGUUGCGAGUCGGCUUCCAGUUUAUUAGCUUCAUAAAAUAACACAUCAGAUCUGAAGUUAGUGCAGAUGAGGAGAAACAUCAGCUCAUACCUACAGCUGAUUAAUCACCUGUUCAUCCAUUGUAACGUCAGCGCGCAGAUUGUAAAAUAUGCUCAGAUCAUGAUACACACAAACAUAACUGUGGAACGUCCUUAAAUGCUUUUACAUGUAAAUAUAGGCAAGAAAUAAUAAUAAAAAAGAUUGAUCAUAUAUAUAUUGCAAAAGCAGAUAUGUAUUACAUUGCAUGAUAAAGAUUGAAAUACAAGUACAUUUGUUGCUUGCUUGAGUAAGCAAUCAAUAUUGCUUUCAGAGGAUAGCCCAAUAUUCUUAAUUGCAUGUUGAUAAAGGGUUUCUCCAAAGAAUAUACAUAUAUCUUCCCGAAUCAUGAAUAUUUUAAAAAGUGAUAAAUUCAUAUAAGUUCAUAUAAUCAGGAAGGUUGUCAUCGAUAUACAGAGACAAAGUAUGACUCUGCCAAUUUCAAUGGGAAACCGUUUGCAACUUUUGGGAAACCUCUUGGAAGCUCACAGAAAUCCAAGAUUAUGAUCUUCUUACCAUUUCAAUGACUUUGCAAUCUUAUGAUAAUGGUAAGCUGCCUAGAACAGUGAAAGCUACUUGAAUUCAAGCAACAACUAGAUAAAUGUCCACUGUUAGCAUGCUAGCAGCAUGCUUCUGAACCAGAUGUACAGUAAAUGGGAAACAGCCCUAUUGUUUGUGCAUGUCCAAUGUGAUGGAGUUGUAGGAUUUCCGCUACAUGUGUAUACCAUAUGUGGGAUUGAUGAAAGUUAGAAGAAACUUGAAGUUGUAGAUUAUACAAAAUUAAGUAAUUCUGACAUUGUGGGGUCACAGAUGAGAUGCCCCUAUGGCAUGUUAUAUAAAUUCAAUAAAUUUCUGUUUUCUAUGUUCAUGAUAACAAAACACAUUUUCUUGGAGAAGCGAACGUUUAUUAAUGUAUCUAAUGAUAUAUAGAAGUACAUGUACAUUAUAUCAUACAUGGAAUGUGCAAUUAAGAACAUUACAAGCUUUUUCAACGCCGGUGGCAGCGUCAACAUCAAAUCUUAACCGAAGGUUAAGUUUUUAAAAUAACAUCAUAACUUACAAAGUAUAUGGAUCU